ACAACAUUACGGUGGCAGCGGUCCGACAUACAAUUACACACAAUUGUCUCAAUCAAUUUUUUACCCUUCAAUUUUGACCCCGAUUUUUACCGUUCCGGUUACGCUGUAUCUGACAGAGGAUCCUGUGUGUGGAGAAAUCCAUGCCAGUUACGUAAACGUCAAUAUCACGGCCUGGUCAACUACCCUGUACGGGCUAUGGGUUCACCACCACAGACACCGAGACACUCCCGACCGAUAUCAAGUAUGGACGCAUUUUUGCACUUUUCAACCCUUCCUUCUUCGCCACAUGGUCGAACGCAAUCGAGAUCCUCGCCCAACAACACUGUGACGGCUUCAGGCAAUCGCCAAGGGAGUCUCGACUUAAACGACUUCAGCAGCAGUGACGUGGCCGUAGAAACUGGUAUAGGCAACCUGGCUGACGAACUGGCGGACGCGUUCUCGGACUCGGGGGAUGAGGACGGCUGUUUCGAAGACGAGGUCCCCGCUGAACAUUGUAACGAGGAUGGCUUAGGAGAGGAUGUCUGUAGAUGUCGUGAAGUCAGUGAACGCGCUUGUCCCAUUUGUGUGGCAGAUAAUGGACAAUACGUUGCUGCCGAGAUGCCCGCCUUAGGCAAUCUAUCGCCCACCCGAAGGUGUCAUCGACGGCGCAGAAGCGAUUCCAAAGGAGGGGAAUAUUGUUCUGAAAUUGAGCCUGAUUCACUGGAGACGAUGCCUGGAUUAAUAUCCGAAAUGAAUGCUGUGGAGGCUUUAGCACAGCAGGGAACAGGAAACAACGGGAGCCCGGCGGAUGGUGUCCUAGAGAGGCUCACCGAUAGCCUUAGAGAUUUGGGAUCGCAAACUGGCGUUGAAGGCAGUGCAGCAAGACUCAUAACAGCCCAUGCAGCGCUCACCACACAUCUUGAACAUCAAACCCGGCAGAUGCAGAGUUUGACGUUUCCCAUAUUGUCGCCCCUCGUUCCACCCCCUCACCCAGACGUGUUGGACGAUCUCUUGCCCCUCUUCGUCGAGUUGUCAGAAUGCAUGCCGCGCCCCGCCACGCAGGCAUAUGACUCUCUGACGGCGCUACAUUCCCUUACAUCCGACCUUAUUGGUAACUUAAGAUACCUAUCGGACACAUUGCACAUGUGCCGACAAACGACUACCAUAGCCGCCCGACGACUAAAAAGCGCAAAGGACCUCGUGGCGGAGCUGAAGCGAGAGAGCGACCUCCGCAAAGAAGGUGAACUGUGGUUGUCACGGGGCAACUGGAGUGAGAGACUCCAAAAGCGAGAGUGCGCCAGUGUCUGUGGUGAAGUCGUAGGAGGGUUUGAGGAGCUUUGCAAUGGCUGGCGCACACGACUACUUGACCAGGCUGCGUCUGCGCCGGCAUAGCACUGGCGGUUGUCAGAUAAAGCGUAGUCAAUGUCGUCACAAUAGGCCAAAAUUGAUUGAGGUAAUUACGUAUAAUUAUAACUAUGUAUGGACCG